GACCUCGGUGGUGUCAGUGUCCGGAGGUUCAGGUUCUACAGGAGCCACAGGUUCCUCAUCUUCAUCAGGUUUUCCUCACUCCCCCGAGUCUCCAGGAUCUCCAGGGUCUCCAGGAUCUCCAGGGUCUCCAGGAUCUCCAGGAUCUCCAGGGUCUCCAGGGUCUCCAGGGCUCUCAGGUCCUGCAGCAGUAGGAGGUCCUGGUGUUUCUGCAGGUUCUGAAGAGGUGGAGGUUGAGUCUCAUGGUAACUUACCUUAACUAACCCUAACUUGUUAUAAACGAUCCAUAACUAACGGCGACUGAACGAUGACAUCAGUAAACUACAGUAAACAAACAUAAACAACAACAAAGUGUUGGUAAACAUCAGUCUGAUGACCAGGAGGUUCAAGUUUGGGUUUGUGUUCCAGGUCAUGGACACAAACUGCUCAACGGAGGAGGAAAAGGAGGAGAAGGAGGGGGAGGGGCUAAUUGCCCAGACAGGUUCGUCCACCUCAGCUGAUCCUGGCCUCUCCCAGCUGGAUUACACAGGGACCGUGGACUCGUCCAGUCAUGACUUCCUGCUGGGCUUCUUAGGUCACAUGGACGGGAGCGCUCACCUGGACUCAGGAGGAUCAGCGGCGGCUUCUCUGGAUCAGAACCUUGGUUCUAGUCUGGAUCUGUCUGCAGGUCACGUUCAUCACUUUGGCGUUGGGUUCGACCAGUCGGGACUGGACCACGCAGCUCUGGGGUCAGGACCAGCAGGGUCUCUGUCCAGCUCGGACUUUAACCCCUCCCACUCUGCUAACCUGGAAGCAUCCUCGGCCUCGCCACCGCCGUCUUCAUCAGACACUGACAAAGAACAGACGGGAAAUGGUCGUCAGACUCACCUGACAGACCUGAACGGAGUCACCCACCCACCUUUCCCCCUCACUGAGCUGCGGAGCGCCCUCACAGCUCCGCCCUCAAGUCUUGGAACAGGACGUGAUGUCACAGCUCUGUCAGUUACACGCAUUUACGCCCACACCGACAUGGUUACCGCAGCAACUGACCUCACAGUGACAGACACAGCAGAUCCAACAGGAAGUGGCCUGGACUCCAGUCGGACUGCGGUGACAGAUCACACACAGACGGCUGGUCCAGUCACUGAACAGUACCACCCAUCUGGUCAGGGUCCUGAAGGUGCAGAAAAUGUGGAACUGGAGGAUACCUGCUGACUUCCACAUCAAGCCCAGAGUUCGAUUCCUGCGCUACAGAUUCCAGUGUACCGACCAAUCAGCUUGGUCCAGGAAGUUUGACUCCUCCCACUAAGUUUAGUCCCCGCCCCCUGAGCAGCAUCCUCUUUUUUUUAACAGAAAUAUUUAAAAUGUGGCGUUUGUUUAAAGGUGUGUUUUAUUAACGAUGAAUUAAACCAAAACGCUGAUUCCAAUUGAUGACAUCAUACAGGAUGUGACAUCAUCAGCUUCACUGUCAGGAUUGUAAAAUGUGCUUUUAAAACCUGUAAUGAAACGUUUGUCAACACAACAUCACGGAUACGUCGUCUUCUGUUCACACUGAUGACGUCAUCGCUGAUGUCACCGUGCGAGGAAAUAAAAACAGGAAGCAGCCGAUUGAUAAGAUGUUUUAAUGUGGAUCAUCACAACAGGCCACGCCCCCUGUAUUUAGAAACUUUUCCAAAAAAAUACUUUACACAAAAACACAUGCAGAGCAGAGAACGCCGAGCCCCGCCCCCACUGUGAUGUCACUGUCCAUGAUGACCGCGUGACCCCUCUGAUCUGACCCCGCCCCUCUAUGAUGUCAUCAUCCUCGUGACCUCGGUUCUCUUUGAUCGUCAGAAACAAACGACUUCAUAAAAACAGCCAGAAGAAAAUGAAGAGUCAAAA